GAUAGAUAGAGUAAAGGAUACUGCCAUACAUCAAUACUUGUGUAUCACUUAGAUAUAAUUAUCAUGUCUUCAAUAGUUGUUACUUUUUUGCUUUUAACGAUGGCCAUACAAGAAUCACUUCAACAGCCUCGUGUUGAUGGAGGGUGGUCCUCCUGGUCUAAUGCUUCGUGUUCAGUAACUUGUGGGAGAGGUUCUAUAAUCCGACUCCGGUCAUGUACAAAUCCAGAGCCUCAAAAUGGCGGGAAGUAUUGUGAUGGGGUGCCUUUUGAACGUAAAGAAUGCUUUAAUAAACCAUGCCCAGUAAAUGGUGGUUGGUCACCUUGGACGCCUUACGGAGAGUGCACCGCCACUUGUGGAUUGGCUUUCCACACCUCCACUAGGACAUGUGACAACCCGGCUCCACAAAAUGGCGGUAAACCGUGUGAAGGCAACAGCACAGAUACUCAACCGUGUAGAGGACUUCCUCUUUGUGCAAUCGAUGGAAAUUGGAGUAAAUGGACAUCUUAUUCUGAGUGUUCGGUGAAAUGUGGUAAUGGAACAAGAACAAGAACACGCUCAUGUAAUGAUCCCCCACCUCAAUAUGGGGGGCUAGAUUGCGCGGGAAACGCAAGCGAAUCUAUAAACUGUACAGCAAAUGAGUGUCCAGUGGACGGAGGCUGGAGUUCAUGGAUCUCUACAGGGAAGGAGUGCUCUGUGCAGUGUGGGCGUGGAUCAAAAAUACGUAUCCGAACAUGCACUAAUCCUGCUCCUCAAAAUGGUGGCCGCGAUUGCCCAGGAUCAGAAUACGAGUCUACGUCUUGUAUGUUAAAGGAAUGCCCUGUUAAUGGGGGAUGGACUCUGUGGUCGCCAUACUCUACUUGUACGGCGACGUGUGGAGUGGGAUAUCAGACGUCUACAAGAACAUGUACCAAUCCAUCCCCCCGGUUUGGAGGGCAGCCAUGCCCGGGGAAGAGCAAUGAUACUCGAAUUUGUCAGCAUCUUCCGCUGUGCCCAGUAAAUGGUGAAUGGAGUACGUGGUCGCCUUUUUCGGAGUGUUCUCUCACUUGUGGUACCGGUAUCAAGGAAAGGACUCGCUCAUGUACAAACCCGGCACCUGAGAAUGAGGGUCUUCAGUGCAAUGGUUCUGGCAGUGAAACUGCACCUUGCAAUUCUGGACAAUGUAUAGAGUUGACGACUUUUUCAUCCACUACAUCUCGUAGCCCUGCUAUGACAUCAACACCUGAUCUUAAUCCAGUCAACGGUGGAUGGUCUUCGUGGUCUAAUGCGUCUUGUUCGGUGACUUGUGGUACUGGCUCGAUAAUCCGGCUUCGGUUCUGUUCAAAUCCAGAGCCAAAGAAUGGCGGUAAAUAUUGCGAGGGAAUACCUUUCUCCCGUCAGACAUGUAGCAACGGUCCAUGUCCAGUAAAUGGUGGUUGGUCACCUUGGACGCCUUACGGAGAGUGCACUGCCACAUGUGGAUUAGCUUUCCACACCUCUACAAGGACGUGUAACAAUCCGGCUCCACAAAAUGGCGGCAAGCCGUGUGAAGGAAACAGCACCGAUACUCAGCCUUGUAGAGGACUACCUCUCUGUGCAAUAAAUGGUGGCUGGUCACCUUGGAUGCCUUACGGAGAAUGCACUGCCACAUGUGGAUUAGCUUUCCACACCUUCACUAGGACAUGUGACAACCCGGCUCCACAAAAUGGCGGCGAACCUUGUAAAGGAAACGAUACUGACAUCCAACCAUGUAGAGGAAUGCCUCUCUGUCCAGAAACAACAGUGGAGCCCACGGCUACCAGAACAACCUCAGAUCAUCAAAAGACUACAACUUUGUCAGCACUGACCACAUCAACGAUAAUACAAACAUCAACGCCCUCAGAGACAACUAUAGCUUCCACUCACUUUAUCACUAAAACAACAACUCGCCCAACUGUCACUUCAUCAGAAAAAUUAAAAACAACAGUAUUACAUCAUCAGUCUACCACUGAAUCUUUACCUACGAGAUUCCAUACUUCUACCACAACUCCAGAAUACUCAAGUGCAAAAUCUCAAAAACCAUCAAGCACCUCAUCUCAGACCUCCCCAACUACCAUAUCUCAAAGACCCUCAACUACCAUAUCUCAAAGACCCUCAACUACCAUAUCUCAGUCUUCAUCAAUACCACAUAUUGGAGUUAUAAUGGUGUCCUUUGCUGUUUACAUUGAUAAAAGUUUUGAUGACAAGCUUUUGGACCAUUCUAGUGAUUUAUACAAGGAAACGACGCAAACAGCCCAAAAAGUGCUCACCGAUCGGUUUAAGGAAACCCGUGGCUUUCUGAUGGUUAUAAUAAAUAGUUUCAGCUAUGGAAGCAUUCGAGUAAACUACACUGUGAGUGUUGACGGCACGGCUUUGGUGACGGAAAAAGACGUUGAUCAAGUCCAUGAUCAACUAAUAACGAAAGCAACUCAGUGGACUGAUAAUGAACCGGUGUUCUUCGGUUUUCCUGUCAAUGUCGACAAAACCAGAAAGGAUGUCAAAACACGCGAUAUCAAAAAUGAGCUUUUGAAUAAACGUAAUAUAGCCUGCACAUGUCCUACAGAUAACUCGAGAUGUGACUUCAGUGAGGGUAGAGCUAUCUGUAGAAAUCUAUGUUUAGACCUCAGUUGUGGAAAACAUGGAACCUGUUUUGUUGAUACAAAAACAAAACUACCAAAGUGUUUUUGUAAACAAUCCAACGACUCAAAAUUUGUGUAUCUGGGAGAAAAAUGUGAGAAAACAGAAGUGUUAAAAGACGAUGACAAGGCACCGGACAAUAUGACCAUGAUCAGUAUUACUGCAGGAGUCGGUGGGGGGCUAAUGCUAUUUAUCAUCAUUGCCUUUAUUUGUGUGUGUAGGAAGGUCCACGAGCAAAAGAAACUUCUUGUAAGCAGCCAAAGUUCUCUCAGUCUAAAUAAUCUAGAACAAAAUACAGUUUCAAAAUCAAACUUUUAUUUCAAUCCAAACACCACUCAUAAUCCUCUAUACAAAGAAAGUGAAGAGGAAAAACUAAAAUCCAACUCGGAACAGAUCGUGAGGAUAUUUUUACACGUUGCACCGGAGAAACACAGGAGCUAUAGCAUGCACAGUAUGACAUCCAUAAAUACAAAUGGCGACGAUCAGAACGUAUAUAUGGAGGGAAGUCAUAUUCAGCCGAUAGACAGCAGUAUGAUUGUUCCAAAUUCGAUUCAUCAAUCGUCAGAGAGGCCGCCAAGUACCAUUGCAACUACACAAACUGGAAACGAGGCAGAUAGACAAAGUGUUCACAGGGAGUCCAAUAAUCACUCUGAACAGGAGGAAUUAUCAUGACAAUUACCUCC